CCCCGCUGGUGACAGAUGCAACUAACGUCCGCCCCUUCACAACUCAAUCUGUUUUCUCUUUUUUACUAAAAAGUAAAUUUAAUUGUUCUUCUUCCGGCGAGUCCGGAGAAAUUUUAUGACCUUGGAGGUGGUGAAAGAUGUCGUUGGUGCACAGUGUUCUUAACCUGUCCAGACAGAGUGUGAGCCGUGCCAUACUUGGUGCUUGUUCUGUCAGAGCAUAUCGUGGAGAUAUUCCUGAUGAUGAAAUGAGAGACAUCUUUCAGAUACUGCUGCCUCCAUGGGAAGAACGAACCAAUGAACCACUAGAUACAAAGCGAGCACGCCUCCUCUAUGAGAGCCGCAAGCGGGGAAUGCUAGAGAACUGCAUCAUACUGAGUUUCUUUGCCAAAAAAUAUCUGAACAAAAUGACAGAGAACCAGUUGAGCUUGUACGAUAAACUGAUAAAUCAACCGAGCAAUGAUUGGGACAUUUACUAUUGGAUAACUGAAACCAAGCCAACUCCUCCAGAAUUUGAUAAUGAAGUAAUGACUUUGCUGAAGGAGUUCACUAAAAAUCGCAACAUGGAACACAGGAUAGGGCAGCCUGCUCUUGAUUAUCUCUUUGAGAAGAAAAAUUAAAAUUGAAUUAUUUUGCCCAUAUAAA